CUAAUAGUAACAGUUUAUAAUUAUAUUCAAUAUAAUUAAGCGAUGGGAUCGCUAACAAGUCGACAAAACGCUGGCGUAGAAGAAGUUAAUAUCGUUUCAAAUCAUGCAUACAAAUAUCCUCCUCGAUCGGGAAGCUAUUUUGGUAGUCAUUUUAUAAUGGGUGGUGAAAGAUUUGAUACACCUCAACCAGAAGCAUAUCUUUUUGGAGAAAAUGCUGAUUUAAAUUUCUUAGGAAGUCAUCCAACACCUUUUCCAUAUCCUCCACCACAAGCUAAUGAUCCUACUAAAACAUUGAAAAGUUUAGUGAAUAUAAGGAGAGAAUCAUUAAGAUUAGUUCGUAAUGUUGAUCAAACUUCCACUUCACCACAAUGUCAUACUGUAAAGCAUUAUGGAGAUGGUGAUAUAGAUAAGAAACCAAAUCGUUAUAAUAUUGAAUUCACAUUUGACUGUGAUGUAAGAUGUGCAAUUACAAUAUAUUACUUUUGCACUGAAGAAGUAACAACAAAGGGAGUUACAUACAUACCAACAGAUCUUUCUAUGAAUUCUGAAACAUAUUAUUAUAAAAAAGGUGCAAAUCAAUUAUUUUCUCAAACAUCACAUGUUUUUGAUCCAACAGUUUAUAGUAAAGAGGAUUUAUUGUAUAAUGCUGAUAGGGAAAUAAUACCAAUAGCAAUUCAGUGUGUAGCAGAAGAAGGUUCAGAUGAACCAAAACAGUCUCAUACAACUAUUGCAGUUGUUGAAAAACAUUCAGAUGGAACAUAUGUAUUAAAAGCUCUUAAACAAAAGCUUUUUGUUGAUGGUCUUUGUUAUUUGCUUCAAGAAAUAUAUGGAAUUGAAAACAAAAAUGCUGAAAAUGCAAAGCAACAAGGUAGUGAUGAAGAUACAGAUGACAAUGGGUCAGAAUGUGUUAUUUGUAUGUGUGAUGUACGAGAUACUUUAAUACUGCCAUGUAGACAUUUAUGUUUAUGUAACAGUUGUGCAGAUUCUCUUCGGUAUCAAGCUAACAAUUGUCCAAUAUGUCGAGCUCCUUUUAGAGCACUUCUUCAAAUUAAAGCUCUUCAAAAAGCAACUGGAGCUAUUAUAUCAAAUCCACCUUUACCAGAGGGAAGUUGUGAAAAUAUUCCAGCAGGAUAUGAAGCUGUAUCAUUAAUAGAAGCUUUGAAUGGCCCAUACAUUCCAAGAACUGCUGCUCUUGCUCCAGAAUCUCCAGACACACCUGACACAGACACAGCUAGUGCAAUUCAGGCAGCUGAAGCAUUAAAUAGGUCUGUAGAACGUACACCUGUAUCAAAGCAUAUAUCUUCAAAAGAAACAGAUAUAUCUGCAAGGACAAGUGGUACUGUAUGCCCUACUCCAGAAUUUAGGAUGACAGUUUUAUUAGGAAGAGACGAACAUUCAGGAUCACAGAAAGACCUACAUAGUCGAUCCCCAGCAAUGAGAAUGAAAACUUCUGGACAUUUACGAGAAAAAGCUGCAUUGAGAUCACGAGAUACCCUUCGACUUGUUAACGAAAAACAACCUGUUUCUCUUUAUGAGGGACAAGGACAAGAUGAGGACAGCGAGGCAGAAAAAUUAUCUCCCUUAUUGAACGCAGCAACCAGUACGGAAGCACUUGAUGCUCAUAGUCACGGAAUAUGUGAUAUGGAUAUUAACGACGAGAUUCAAAAUACAGAAAAUGAAAAUGAUGCUGACAUUACAUGUCAUUCUCAUUAA